GAUGGCCGUUUGGUUACUUUGUUAACCUAACAGUUAAGAGGCUCACAAGGAUACUUUGCGGUAGUUAACAAUGUCUCCCACGCCGACCAAGGCCACUGGGUGUCCAGGAGCAUGCGCGGGCCUCAUCUGCCUGCCUCCGAUCUCCGAUGACAUGCAGUUGAUCUGGACUCAGGCAGAACUGACCAGCGACCUAGAUAACCACCCACAGCUUCUGCACACCUUCAGUUACUUCCCAUAUCCAAGCAUGCCAGAGAUUGUCCAUCUCAGUUUGCGUUUUGGAUUACAGAUCGGAAAGGUAAAGACCUGGUUCAUGGUGCAGCGAAUCCGGUGCUGCAUUAGCUGGUCACCAGAAGAAAUUGAGGAGACUCGUUCGCGUCUACUCUACAAUCAAGACCAGCUGCACUUCAAGCCACUGGUUGCUCUAUCAAAGAAAAGUAGUGCCUUCCAUAGCCCAGGGAAACUGGACGCUCACACUUCAAACAGCGAGUCACGGCAAGACGAUGCCCCUCCCCCACUCUUGCCCUCAACAGAUGAUGCUGCCCCAGAGGCUAAAAAGCCAAAGACAGAGUACUUGGCAUCAGAGGUGGAUCAAGAAAGAUCUAAUGUAUUUUUCCCAAAGCUUCAAAUCCAGAGCCCAGUUGGGUUCAGGAACCAUUCUGACACUUAUGGACAGCAUUCUCCAGAUUCGAACGUUUGUGCAGAGGUGCUGAAGAGCGCAGCCAGGACCCCCACUCUAAGUCACAUGUUUGGAGUUGAUGGGACCGCGGUGACCCCAGAGGCAGCACGUCUCCAAUCUGAAGAGGAACACGGUAACAGAAUGGAGACUCCAUCCUGGAAUACAGAUGGCUUGAGGUCAGCGCAGGGACAUGAGCAGGGUGGGGCUUUUAGAGAAGACGGUUCCACGCCAGUUACAAGGCGCCAAAGGAAAACCAAAGAACAGCUGGCAAUUCUAAAGUCCUUUUUUUUGAAGUGCCAGUGGGCUUGCCGUGAGGACUACAAGAAAUUGGAAGAAAUGACUGGCCUUCCAAGGCCAGAGAUUAUCCAGUGGUUUGGAGAUACCCGCUAUGCACUUAAGCACGGACAGCUUAAGUGGUUCCGGGAAAAUGCUCAGGUACUUCCCAGUUGGCUGGAUGACUCUCAGCAUCAGGUUACUCAAAAUGGUAGACAGGUUGAUCCAAAACAUGAAGAAGACUCUGGUACAGGAAUAGCAACAUCUGUGAUUGCAAACUCGGAAACAGAUUUAAAACCAACAGUUCAGCCGAUAACUGCUUCAGCGCUGCUCACUCCAGUGCUCAAAACUUUAGCUGCAUCCACUAACGUCUCAGAGCCACCUGUGGCAAAAGCUCCAGAAAAGCUAGAUGAUAAGUCGCUAGCCUCAUCAGAAACAACAAAACUAAUGUCCACAGAGGAACCUGCGCAGGAAAUGCUAGACAACUGUCCAUCUAAAAAUAAUUCACACGCAGCAGGGCAAGUAUCACCAAUAGCUUUUCAAGCAGCUCCUAAAUCUCCUUGUGGACCCUCAUCUCCCAUUCCAGCAAUGUCCCCUAAAAAGGGCUAUGCUGUUUUGGAGCGACACUGGUCGGUCCAACGUCACAUCAAAGAGGAUGACUUGCAGCUACUAGUCACAAAAUCUGGAUUGAGCAGAAAGGAAGUGAAAGACUGGUUUUGUCAUAAAAGUGAUGAACCAGCAGAAGUAGAGGUUUGCUUAGAUGAGGAGGAGGAGGAGGAUGAUGAUGCCAGAGGAGAGAUGGAAGAGGAUGAUGACGAUGUAGUUAUUCAGGACUAGUUGGGCUUUUUAAUUAUGUUUGGUAUCACAAAACAUACAAUAAACGAUCUCUGAGAUGUACAUAUAAAGCAAGCAAAGAA